AUGUCAAACAUCCAAACAGUUGCCAUCAUCGGUUGUGGCUCCAUAGGAGCAUCCUGGGCGGCCCUGUUCCUCGCCCAGGGUCUAACGGUGUCAGCCUUCGAUAUCAACCCUGACGCCCAGAAAUUCUUAGAGAAUAUAGUCUCAGACGCAUUACCCGUGUUGUCCUCACUGGGCCUCCUCAAGAAGACAGAUGCCAAGCCCUCAGAUAUACUAUUCACAACCUCCCUGGAAGACGCGCUCAAGGGCGCGGAAUUCGUGCAGGAGAACGGGCCCGAGAGACUACAGUUCAAGCAGGAGCUGUUUGACAACAUCGCCAAGACGGUCGCAGAGGACACCAUCAUCGCGACAAGCAGCAGCGGCCUGACCUGCUCCAGCAUCCAGGAGGGCAUGCUUGCCUCGUCACACCCGGAGCGCUGCAUAGUCGGGCACCCCUUCAACCCACCACACCUGAUCCCACUGGUCGAGGUCGUGGGCGGCCGCCAGACAUCCGCAGACGCAAUCUCGAGAACAAUGGCAUUCUACAGCGCCGUGGGCAAGAAGCCCGUCGAGGUCAAGAAGGAGGUCGUGGGCCACGUGGCCAACCGGCUGCAGGCGGCGCUGAUGCGCGAGGUGAUGCACCUGCUGCAGGAGGACGUCGCCACCGUCUCGGACCUCGACACGGCCAUUAGCUUCGGGCCCGGGCUGCGGUGGGGCGUCAUGGGCCCCAGCACGCUGUUCCACCUGGGCGGUGGGGAGGGCGGCGUCCAGCACAUGGCGGACCACCUGCUGGGCCCGCUGAUGAGCUGGUACGCGCCCCGGGACCCCGUGGUCGACGACGCGCUGCGCAGGAAGUGGGUCGACGGGACCUUGGAGGAGGUUGGCGGGAGGGACUACCGCGAGCUGGCUAGGCAGCGGGACGAGGAGCUGGUGAGGCUGUUGAAUGUUAGGAAUGAGUGGGAUGGUUUUGCGGAGAGGAAGAAGUCUGGGUGA